UCAUCAUCGUCACCAAUAAAGACAUAGAGAGUAAAUAAAAAAACUCUCUUCCUCUCCGACUUUAACCCCUUUCACAUCGGCCCAUAUCAUUUGUCGGUAGGGGCCGGUCACCAGAGGGAGAGAUUAAAAUAAAUCGAAAUUACGAAAAAAAAAUUAAAAAAAUGAUCGGAAAGAUAGUAGUUUCAGGGAUUUCCCUGAUUCUUGUCGUCGGUGUCGUUAUCGGAGUGGUGGCAGCCGUCAACAGGACCAGCGUAUCAAAUACUGUUGAAAAUUUGACACCACACAUGAAAGCUGUUACACAAUUGUGCGGGCCUACUGAUUACAAGGAAGCUUGCACACAAACCCUAGGUGCUAUUAAUAGUACCGAUCCUAAAGAGCUAAUCAGAGCAGGAAUAUUAGCAAUUUCAUCUUCAUUUACAAAAUCAUUGAACUUGAGUGAUGAUCUUGUCGUAAAAGCCAGCGGGUUACCUCGUACGAAACUGGCUUUGGAAGAUUGUAAAACAUUGUUGAACGAUGCAAAUGAGGAGCUCCAAGAAAUUCUUGGCAAAAUGAAAGAUAUAAACAUCAAAACCCUAGCGGACCAAGCUGAUGAUUUCCGUAUCUAUCUAAGUUCUUUGAUUUCGUAUCAAGAAUUGUGCAUGGACGGAUUCGAUCAGGAAAACGAGAUGAAAUCCGCGAUGCAGAAAAGCACGGAAUUCGGAAAUCAGCUUACGGAUAACGUGUUGAACAUUCUUUCAGGAAUUUCUGAUGUUCUGAGAUCUUUCGGUCUUGAGAUUAAGCUUCCAGGCACGAACUCUCGUCGUCUUCUUCAGGCCGACGGGUAUCCAACCUGGUUGUCCGGUCCUGACCGUAAGCUCUUGGCGGCUCGCGACAAUGGCAAGCUUCCACCAAAUGCAGUUGUGGCUCGUGACGGGAGUGGUCAGUUUAAAUCCAUUAACGAUGCUAUAAACUCAUACCCUAAGGGACAUAAGGGCAGAUAUGUUAUCUAUGUUAAGGCUGGACUUUAUAAUGAAGCCGUUAAGGUGCCAAAGACUCACCAGAAUAUUUACAUGUACGGUGACGGACCUAGACACACCAUAGUCACCGGAAAGAAGAGCUUCGCCAGCGGUGUUAACACCUGGAACACCGCUUCUUUUGUGGUUGAAGCUGAUGGUUUCAUAUGCAAGUCCAUGGGAUUCCAAAACACAGCCGGACCAGACGGUCACCAAGCCGUUGCCCUCCGAGUCAACUCAGACAUGUCAGUUUUCCACAACUGUAGAAUGGACGGUUAUCAAGACACACUCUUAUACCAAGCCAAACGUCAAUUCUACCGUAACUGUGUCAUCUCCGGCACCAUCGAUUUCCUCUUCGGUUACGGAGCCGCCGUCAUUCAAAACUCACUGAUCAUCGUCAGGAAACCAAACGAGAACCAGUUCAACACAGUAACAGCCGACGGCAGAAAGGAAAAGGGCCAAAACACCGGACUCGUCAUCCACAACUGCCGAAUCGUUCCCGAGGCGAAACUCGUCCCCGACAGACUCACCACCAGAACAUACUUGGGCAGACCAUGGAAGGCACAUUCAAGAACCGUGAUCAUGGAGACUCAACUCGGUGACUUCAUCCAGCCCGAAGGAUGGAUGCCGUGGGCCGGAAGCGAGUUCCUCGACACAUUAUACUACGCUGAGUACAGCAACAGAGGACCCGGGGCCAACACUGCCCGGAGAAUUAAGUGGAAGACACUUCAUUUCUUGACCAGGAACGAUGCACAACAGUUCACUGUCGGAACUUUCCUUCCUGGUUCGAGGCAAUGGAUUGCCGGCGCCGGAGCUCCGUUCUUGGUUGGGUUCAAGAGAUAGAGUGUAAGAUAGGUAUGUACAAGCCAUAGAAGAGGAAGAAGAAGAAGAAGAUCAUUGCCUGAAAUAGUUUGUGUUGUUUGUUUUUCUUUGUCUUAUAUUGUGGUAUUGGUUUAUUUUUGCUUUUGUUUUUGCACAUUUGAAUAAAGUGAAAAAAAAUAUGUUGCUUCGUAUAUAAUAAUUAUGUGUUUAUGUAUUGGUGGUCGUUUGUAACAAUAAUAAUAUAAUAUGUUAUAUAUGAAGCUUCAUGAUCUUUUUGUUUA